GUGUGGGCAGAAUGAGGGCAAAGCCAAACCUUCGGUGACUGCUAGUGAGCAUGCUCGGGGGGCGCCGCGCUGCGCGUCUCUAUCAUAAUAAGAGUCCCCCUUAUUCUAAUCUCGCUGUUUAUUCGCUCCGUCUGUCCCGUCGUCGUCUUUCCCACGGGAACUUGCUUGGGUGCUGCUAGGACUACGUAGCGAUCGCAAGAUGCCUGUGAAUUUUAAGGAAACUGCUGUAUAUUUUGGGGAACAGCAAGGGACUUUGCUGGAACAAGGUCAAAGGGUUCUGCAGAAGAGCACUAUGCAGGAAAAAGAUGGAGAAGUAGCCUUUUUAGGCAAUGGACUGGCGAGUGAAAAUAAAGAGGAUCAUCAGGUACAAAGAACUGAGGAAGAAGAACAGAUGUUGUCGAGAAGAGGUGAGAUGUCGAUUUCUCACUGUCAUGACGCAGGAGAGAUGGCUGUGAAUCGUCACAGACCAGAGAGGCAUCUGGGAAACCCCCUAGCAAAGAAAAUGGACACCACCAUUCCUUGUGCUGAGGCGUUGCAGGAUCUUAGCAAAGGCACAAUCCACAAGCGAACCCGCAAAUCUCAGAGUCCAAGGACGUGCAAUGAGUGUGGGAAAACUUUUGCCCAGGCUUCGAAUUUUUUGGCACACAAAAGAAUCCAUACAGGUGAGAAGCCAUAUAAAUGUUCACACUGUGGGAAAAGCUUCACAGAAAGGUCCAACCGUAACAGGCAUCAGAGAACCCAUUCAGGAGAAAAACCAUAUCAGUGUGUGGACUGUGGGAAAAGCUUCAGCUUUUGGUCAGACCUCAUUAGGCAUGGGAUUACCCAUACAGGAGAGAGACCGUACAAAUGUUCAGACUGUGGGAAAAGCUUCAGCCAUGCCUCUACUCUUAUUAGGCAUGAGAAUAUCCAUACAGGAGAGAAACCGUAUUCCUGUACGGACUGUGGAAAAAGCUUCACCCAGAGUUCCUCCCUUUUAGCGCACAAAAGGUUGCACACAGGAGAGACGCCGUUCAUAUGCCCCGUGUGUGGAGAGACCUUCAACUGGAAAUCACACCUGGUGACGCAUAAGAGAAUCCAUUCAGGGGAGAGACCAUAUAAAUGCGCCAAGUGUGGGAAAUGUUUCAUUGAAAAGUCCAAGCUGAAUAGACAUCAGAGGACCCAUACAGAGAAAGAACUUUACGAAUGCUCGGAAUGUGGGCGAGUCUUUAGCAUUAGAUCCAACCUCAUUCGGCAUGAAAUAGCCCACAGGGGAGAGAAAUCGUACAUGUGUUUAAGCUGUGGGAAACGCUUCAAUCAGUCCUCCAAGCUGAUGAGGCAUGAAAGGAUUCACACUGGAGAAAAACCCUAUUCCUGCACGGAUUGUGGAAAGAGCUUCAGCCAGACCUCCGAACUGCUUAGGCACGAGAGAAUCCACACUGGAGAAAAACCGUAUAAAUGCACCAUUUGUGGGAAGAAUUUCAAUCGGAGAUCCCACCUUAAUACACAUAAAGCAACCCAUAUUGGAGGCCAGCCAUGCAAAUGGGCAGACGGUGCAGCACUCUAUCAUUCUGGUUCACUCCAUAUUACUGGGAUGAAUACUCCGCAGCAGGUUUCUACAAGGGACCAGCCUCAUAAAUGCUUGGCAAAUGAAGAACGGUACAAUCCUGGCUCACUUCUUGUUGCUGGCCUGAAUCUGAACAGGCAGACACACACAGGCGGACAGUUGUACAAAUGCCCGAACAACGAAACAAGCUACAGCCAUUGUUCCUUCCUUGUUGCGAGUGUGACUCCACAAGAGAGGAUCCUUACAAAAGACUCGCCAUAUAAAUUCUCAGGCCAGGAAACAAACUGCAGACACAGCAGCCCUUUGUUUAUGGCCCAUGUGGACACUCAAGAAGACUUGCUUGCGAGACGUCGGCCAUAUAAAUGUCUCAGCGGUGGCCGAAGCGAAGAUGACCCCUCCCUCAUUAUAACAGAUGUGAGCACUCACCAAGAAGAAAAAGUGUUUAAAUGCUCCGAGUGUGAAAAGACCUUCUGUUGGAGAUCUCACUUCAUUCGCCACAAGAGAAUCCACACAGGUGAAAAACCGUAUCGUUGUGUGGACUGUGGGAAAAGCUUCAACCGGAGUUCACACCUCGUUCGACAUGGAAGGACUCAUGAGGGGCUGAGACGGUACAUUCAGGCUGAGGAAGAAACCUCAGCUGAAGAUCGACUUCUUUUUAACACAAAUGAAUCUGGACAGGAGGUUGAUCAUACAGACACACGGCCUGAAGGAGGAGUGUCUGUUGUGACUCACACCAUGUUACACACCAGAGAAUUUGUAAAGGAGACAAAUCUUGCAGAUGUUCAGUGAGACUGCACGUAAGAUUAAACAUAAAAUAAUCUUUUCUAGAAGAGGAAGCCAGUAGCAAGAGUGCCAGUUAGACAUCCAUUCUCUGAAGAGACUCCAAGCAAAGAUGCUACAGGUCUCAUUCACACACAUAAACACACACAAAGAGAGCAGAUUAAAUGGUAUAAUUGUUCCUGUA